AACCCGUGGAAAAGCGUAUGUACGUUGGUGCCGCGGCGUUGUGUUCCGCCACCAGUGUUUUUUGAGCCGCCACUGGCGAUGGCGGGCCGCAGUGUUCAAACCUUGAGUGGACGAUAACCCCUUACAUCUCCUCAUGAUCGUCGCACCAUGAACAGGAUGAAGCCUCCCCAUUUCGAUGGGAUUGAAACGACGCGAGGCUGGUUUUAGCGAGCCGGAUUUUUGGUGAUUUUGCAAGAGGGAGUUGGUAUGUUGUGCGAGGGAGCCCGGCAAGAUUGCAUUGGCUUGAGGCUCUCAGGGUUUAUGGCGAUGGCGACCUUUGCUGGCGUGUCUAUGUCGGUAGGAGCAUCCGGGAGGUCGAUUGUUCGAGAGGAUUGGGGCGACAGGGUGGUGCUCUCUGUUUUUAAUCAGAGAUUGCGUGGGGGAGGUAAACAUGCGAUUUCAUCGUCUUCUAUGAAUGGGUGUGGCCUUAGUGCAUCUCGCCGGACUGCGAUGGAUGCUUGUAGCCGGAGUUCCGGAAACAAGAGUGCAUCAGCGCAUUUGUAUGCGAGGGAUCGGGUUAUUGAUUUUGGGAAGAAUAAGGGGAGCAUGCUGGGCACCCUUUCCUCUCGUUACCUUCGAUGGAUGACGAAAAAUCUGAGGGGCACGAUAUACUCUGAAUGGGCUGAUUAUGCUCAGGAAGUUUUGGACGACCCCCUUUACUUGGACAGAAUAGAGUGGGAGAAAGUGGAGAAACUUCUAGUACAUUCACAUGACCUAGCUAAGCUUUCCAACAACAAAGAUGCUCUCGCCCCAGCGCGCAUAUAUGGAUGGGACUUAGACAACGAGGCAGCUUGGAGUAAAGUUGAUUUUGCAUUGCUUGGAACCACCAAGGGGGGUAAGAUUCCUAGGGUGCCGAUUGAGAAGAAGCCUAAGCCGAAGGUUGUGACUAAAAGCCCAGGGCUGCCCAGAAAGAAGUCUGCCACGUCAAGGUUAUCGAAGGUGAAUAAUAAAUGGGCAUCUACUCCUGUCGUGGAGGGGACCCCAGUCGGAGGCAGCGGAGGGAGCUUGCGGGAUGAGCUUGAUCGACGACGGCAAGCCAGAAGAGAAAGGUUGUCCGCACAACGAGAAGCUCUCCUCUCAAACAGUAGUGACAUGAAGGAGCAGGAUACCAAGUUUCCCGGUCGAGGAGGAAUACUCAGUAAAUUGCAGGAGAAGAAACCGCAGCAAUAACUGAAUUUGCUUAAGAUGGGGUACUAUUAUAGAAUCGCUCACUGAGCUCAAUUUUUUGCUGUCUUCAACGUCAGGCAUCUGAUCUUAUUUCCAAUGACAGAUCUCCAUGAUCCCAUUUAACCGUGGGCUUUUGUAAUCAACAGGAAGGCUCAAUCUCAAGGUCCCUUAAUACCUCUCCAACCUUUUUUUUCCUAUCUCA